ACAAAAAUGUCGGACAAAGAUUUGGAUGCCACUAUCCUGGUGACCCAACAAGUUUUGGGAAAAUACAUUAAGAAACCUCCUCUAACUGAGAAGCUGUUAAGGAAACCACCUUUUCGUUUCCUAAUGGAUGUUUUUAAUAAUUUCAUCAAGCAAACUGGCAAGUUGGAGGGAUUAUAUACUCCAGAGGAGCAGACUUUUGAGAAUAUUACUAGUAGAGAUGACAAGAUACGAUUUUUGCAAAAGAUGAUAGAUGCCAUCAAACUUAUUACCAAAAUGGAACUCAAAGUGCGCACUUCAAAAAUAGUUGCUGGCCAGGAACCGGAACUAACCAAUGAGCUCCUCCAGGCGAUGGCCAGCGUGGCCGAGAAGAAUUUGGAGUGGGAUGCUGUUGUAGAUCAGGUGGUAAUUGCUCACAGCAAAACCCCAAUUGCCAUUACAAAACCUCCGAAGGAAACUAAAGUUUCUGGUAAGAAUCCCUCACCUGCUGGAAAAGAGGAGGAUCCCAAGCGGCGCAAGGAGAAGCGCAUAUCGCCGCAGGAGCAAAAAGUGCGAAAGGCCAACGACCCGGCAACUCGAUCCUCACCCAGUGAGAAGGAAAAGGUUUCCCAAAAGAAAUCAAAGGUAACCAAGGAUGAUUCAAAGCUGGGUAAACAGAACUCCAAGCAAAAGACUCCUUCCCCGGUUAAACAAAAGUCGAAAACCAAGGUGCAGAUUUCCACUGAAAGUGAUAAUUUCAGCAUGUCCAUGUCACCAGUGCCAGCUGGAGUAACCAAGCAAUCUGCUCCUGAACCUAGUCCGGCUAAAAAAGCUGUGGAAACAGUGGAAAAAAAUAUCUCCCAGGUUUCUCCCACAAAACCCAAGGAGCCAGUGGUGGAACCGGUCCAGGAAACUCCACCAGCUUCUUUGGCUCCACCCCCUGAGCCCGAGAGUCGCAAAUCCUCCGGCAGGAGUCGUCGUUCCAGUGGCAGUCACAAACAACCUGAACCGAAUCCCGUGGAAAGCCAGCCCCAACCCGCUGUGCCAUCAGCAGAAACUAAUCUACCGCAAGAAACCAACAACAGCGAGGCGAAGCGUGAGAUUCCGAUGUCCAGGGAAAACUCCAAGGAGUCAAACCAACGACCAAGGACCUCACUUAGACCCCCAUCCGCUCGACCCGCCUCCGCACGUCCCGGAGCUCCACGGCGUCGAAAUGUGGAGAUCGUACUCCAGCCAAACGAUCAGGUCAAGAUGUCUGGGAUAAAUGUUAAGCUCGAAACCUUUGGCGACCUCGAUGACGAUGGAGAGAACCUGGUGAUCAUCGAAGACGCCAACGCACAUGAUAUUGCCGAGGGUGGUGGGGGAGCAGAGGAGCCUGCACUGGAAGGCCAACUAGAUGCUCAGGGUCGAUUGGUUCAGCAGAUCCUGGAAACCCAAAAGGAGUUGGUCCACCAAAAUGCCGAAGUGGAGCCGCUGCAAAGUCAAGCUGCUCGUCAGAGUUCCGCUCGCCAGGUAAAUGACCUCCGAGAUGUGAUCCAAAGUCUCACGAAGGCAGUGAAUCCACUGGGGAAACUACUGGACUUCAUACCCGAGGACAUCGAUGCCAUGCAACUGGAACUGACCAUGUGGCGCGAUACUUACACACAGGCAUCCAUGGAUCUAAAGCGGGAGCGAAGUCUCACUGCAUCCGCCACGGAACCCAUGAAGCACCAACUGCAGCAAAUCCAGGCCAGCAUUGCCGAGUACCGGGAGCUCAUCGACGAAAGUCGCCACAAGAUUCAGCAGAACAACGCUCGCAUCCUCAAGUUGAUGAUGGAACAGUAAGGAUA